AUGGUGGCGGACCAUGGAGUUGUGCUUAGCACACUUAAGGACUUCUUUCAGUUCCUGGGGUGGUUGAACAGUAACGAUGAUGAGACUGUGCUAGAAAAGGUGGCAAGUGAGCUGGAAAACCGUAUUGAUACAUGUCAUAAGAAUCCUCAGUUUGAAUCUGAAUUUAGAAGUUCACUCAUCAAAUUUCUCGACGGCAUCUCAUUGGUUUAUCACCAAAUAAGCAAGGAACCAUCCGCGAGGACAUAUGACCAAAAAACCGCAGCUCAGGUUGCCGAGGCCUUUCACGAGUGCCUCAUUAAGGUGCACUCUGCACUUAUAUAUUUGCUGGACAUUGUGAGCCUUAGUUAUGACGAUGCAUGUGGUGGUGAUAGGGAAAGGUUUGAGGAACUACAAGAUCAUGAGCUUAAGGAAUAUCUAAUCUUCUCCAACUCUGAUGAUUUCAACGGCAUCAUCACUGGAGGUUUUGGUGAUGGUGACCUGAAAAAUCUGCGGGCCUCCAAAUUGGCAGAAAAUAUUCAAAAUGCGCUCGGCAACCUAGAAAGACUUAACGACAUCUUGGGAUGUAAUAAGCGUAUAAAGGAAGAUUAUAAAGAGUCUGAUCUCCCACCUGCCAAUGUUCCGGAUAUUCCUAUAAAACCGUCUUCAAAGGUCGUGCCAACUAAAACAGGGAAUGCAAAGCCCGUUAUAAAAUCCGAUGGUAAGCAUAUACGGUGCGAUAAGAAUGAGUUGGCACAGAGCCACGGUAAAAUGUCUGAAGACGCACAAAACCAGCGUUGGGAUGGUUCUACAUUCCCAUAUCAGGAUGACGACCUAUUUGCAGUGACGGACUCAGAUUUACCUCAUUAUAAUCAAUACCUGUCAGGGUCUCCAGAUGGAUGGCAUCAGGCUGCAGUGCAUUCUGUUGAUCCUGAAAAGCUGGAGGCCGAAAAAAAAGUGCCGGUCGUGCCAGCUAAAAAGCAUAUUCCUGAAGACCAACCUCCGAAAGAAAAGCCUCCAAAGGUCAAUGAACAGCCUAAAGAUUUGGCAUCACCGCCUGAAACGCUCAUGCCUAAAGAAAAGUCUACUUCUAAAAUAGCCUCAGCAAAGCGUGUCGCCACUAAGUCACAGGCGACCAAAAAUGAGACAUCUCAUCCCUUCAAGAAAUCUGAGGAGGCACGGGACCAGGGUAAAUACUCUGACCCAGACUGGGAUAAAUUGUUCGACCGGAUUGAGCAAGAGGAUGCCUAUUCAUAUGCCGGAUGUGCUUAUGAAUCCCCGCAGGAGCCUGAUGGCCCAGGGUAUCCUUCACCCAAAGUUCCUGCAGCCAGCCCAAAAGUGGUGCCCGAAAAGAAUGUUUCAACUACUCCAUCUAAGAAGCCGGAGCUAACGCCUGUCUUGUUUUCUGGGAGGCCUAAAAAGCCUGAGGUGCCUCCUGCCAAGGUUCCCGUCACAAAACCUACUGCCACCAAAACUGAAGCUGUAAAGCCUGUUCUCACUAAAGCUAAGGCGGCGAAGCCGACUGCCACUAGUACUCCGCUUGCUCAAAAUCCUGGUAAAAAAUCCGAGAGGGGACAGGACCAGAGCAAUGAAGCUGAAUCAUACCGAAAUCAACAUGACUUUGAAGAAUCGGAUACAUAUUAUGCAAGCGAAGACCCUAAUGUCCAUACGCUUACCGAUGAACAAACUGAGGAAUCCGAAGGUUCUCCAAAUCUGGGCAAGGAAGUGGACGCACUCCUGGAUGACUAUGAUGUUUCAAUUCACGAAAUGACUUCAGAUUCACCUGUUCCAUAUUCUGAUGUAGACCUGCAAGAACAUGCUGACUCAGGUCCUCAGCGGUCUUCGCUUGCAGAAGCUCUCGGAAUUCCCAAGGAGCCUGUCCCACAGAAGCACCCUCCGAAAGUGCCACCUAAGAACUCCGAUUCCCCGCCUUUAGAGGCCUCCAGGGAAUAUGUGCCAGAAAAGCAGUCUGAGGGGCCACAAUAUCAGGUCGAGGCAUUGGAUGUUGAUACAGAUCUAAAUAACGGCCAAGGUGAUCUAAUGCCUGCAUAUUCACCUGUAGACUACACUCAUUUCCCUCAGCUACCCGGCAAUCAAGGAGAUCAACCCAAUCAGGGCCAGCAGGGAGAUCAGCCCCAGCAAAUACAGCGUAAUCCAGAACUUCAGAAUACUACGCCUGCCUUGGCUGCUGAGACUGGUAAAAACCCUGCCGCCGUAAGGUUGCAACCCACUACAUACUACUCUGGUAAGAAGCUUACGGACUGUCCCACGAACCUUCGCGAGUCCAUCGACUGGAUCAUCCAGCUUAAGUAUGGGAGUGGCCAUGGUGAUGGUGUUGAUAACUUAUCCGAAGCCUUGGACAAGCUGCAUCGGAAACUUAUUGCAGACUCCUUUUCCAAUCUGCUUGAUCAGCUUUCUGACCUUCUUGAUCCUUGGAAAACAACGCCGUGCUGUCGGCGGAUUCAUAGAGCAAUUAGGACAAUUAAGAUUAAACUUCAGCAUCCUAGAAAUAUCCAAAGAAAUCAUAUUAACGGUCUUUUAAAGCAACUUGAAUAUAAUAAGGAGGUCUGUCUUCAACAUCAUUACAUUGACUCCUCUAAGGAUGAAGCUUUGAAGGAUGUUCAUUCCAAGAUGAGGGAUCUUGCUGGUGUUAGUAGGGAUAUUAACACUUCUAGAAAUGGUUUACUGCAUCACCUUUGUGACGGCGUUCAAAUCCUACUAGGCUUCGACUCAUCUUCCAAAGGUUAUUCGGGCUCCGGCAUCGUGUACUCCGAACUUGACAGGCUGUGCGACGGGGUGAUGGCGUUUUUGAGUGGUGUGCUCAAAUAUGUGCAUGAAAAUGAGAACCUUCAUCCUUAUGGAAGUAAGCUGACCAGCACUGUAAGAAAAUUGCAUGAUCACCUUAAUAAGGGCGGAGGAGCCUGGCGUGAUGCGAUUGAUAUUGCUAGGGUUGAGUUUGACAAGAGUUGGAAGGUCACGGGGGGUAUAGGGGGGUGGUUGGGGGAAGUAGAAAGGACGCAUGAGGCGGUUAAAAAGCUGUUGAAAGAGUUGAUGGAAAAAGAUACUAAGGUCUCGGGAUCGGUAGACAUUCCAGGUCUGCUAGGAGACAUUCGGAAUGUAAUAAAUGGUACUAAAAAUGCUGAAGUGUCCAAAAAUGGCGGUUUCCUGUCCAGGUGGGUAGGCAAUCUUGACAAGAUUACGAAGAGAAGUAAGGAGUCGCCCGAUAAACUUAAUGAAUUGGAUGCCAGGCUCAUGGAAGCAUUAUCUCCACACGUCACCUUAAUCAAUGAAGCCGUGGAGAGCUUUGUGGAGUCGACUAAGAGGGAUCAUGAGGGGCUUGUUAAGGUAUGGGAGAAGGUAAAAGUGGAGUUGACUCAGCUUGAAACGUCAGUGAAAGAAAAGGCUGAGCAGGCUGGGGAAGCGUGUAGAGAGGAAUUGCAGCAGGCUUUCAAAACAAAAAUUAAGCAUCCUAUUGGUGAAGCUAGAAGUACGUUGGAGGCUGUGAAAAAGAGCCUGCAAAGUUGGAGCGAGGAGGCUUUGCAAGACGCUACUGCAGGCUUGGAAAAUGCUAAGCAAAUUUUGGAUGAAGUUGCUGAGAAAAGCAAAAAUAGGGAAAGGGUUGACAACGCAGUAACACAACUAAGAGAUGCCGCUGAACACUAUUAUGUUAAAGUUAAACAAAAAGAGCUUGAGGCCCUUUGUCACCAGGCCAGGUACACCCUGGAGAAUCUCUGCAUUGAGGUGACGGAAUUAGUGGAUGAGUAUUAUGGUUUCUUGGAGCAGUAUUGCUUGUCUAUACUUAGUGGCCAAGGUUUUAAUGUCUAUGGUAACGGUCAGAACGUUUCGUCCUGUGUUCAACUGUUGCAUACAGUUUCACAAGUUGUUCAAGGUUAUGCAGGAAUCGCAGUGUCAUCGGCGUCACAAUUCGAGCAGACAGUACAGGAUUUUCGGUCGCUGUUAUACACUCUUCAAAAUCAACAUUUACAGGCUGCAAUAACACCACAAAUUUUCCAAAGCCUUACGACCUUCGUAAAUAACAUCAAGACGGCUGUGCAAGGGUAUGUGGGACAUUUGAGAGAUGACAUAAGUAACCUUCAUUCUCUAGGCUCUAACCAUUUCGUUGUUACGUCUCGUAAGACCAAUGGUGCAGUUGGUAACCUUAUAAGUGUAUUGAGUAUAGCUACAGAGUUUGCUCACUUGCUUUAUCAAGCGCUUCAGCAGAGUGCUUGGCAAUCCCGUCAGCAGCCCACCAACCUUCGUGGUCUCCAAAAUGUUCAGGACGAAUUACAAGAAAUUUUGCGAAAUGUAAAUUGUUACUCUGGCGACGUUAGUCAAAUAAAAUCGCACAUCGUGCGAUUCGAAAGGGACAUCACCAAACCCUUCGAACAACUUAUGGGAAGCAUCAGUGCAGCCUGUGAGACUGUUAAUCAGAAGUUGGAAGACUUGAAGAAUAUGAUUACAAGAAAUGGCAAGGAUGUCGAUGUGGAACAUGAUCUCGAGAAAAUAAAAGAGGAAAUCGAUAAAAUAAUUGGCACCUCAGCGCCGUCGGCCGCUACCGAAACGUCAAAUACCCUGACGCAAAUCAUCACCGCGGCCGAAACAUUCCAAAAUGAAACCAUUCCUAACACGGUAAAAACGUAUAUCGAGCAAAUACGCUCCACAGUCAAAAGCCAAACGGUUGCAAAAAUCGAAGUCAUCCAAAAAUCAGCCGUCACGGAGUUCGCCAAUUCCAAGGCCGAGGAGCUUAAGCAGCUGGAGGAGUUGGUUAAAAAAGAGAAAGAAAGGAUUUCUGAUAUCAUAAAGAGGGAUUUUGACAGUGGCAUAAAGGGAUUAAUGAAGUGGAUGUACGGCGGGCGGUAUCCAUAUGGUGAGGAUCCAAAACGAGAGCAUCCACUGAUUAUGCUUGCAGAAGCUCUGCCUAAGCGCGGAGGGGAUGCUCCGAACGGCAAAGAAUAUCUUCAAAGAAUUAAAGGUUUGUCCUCAACAUUUCAAACCUUUUUGAAUCCCAUUUUGGAAUAUGUUCAGAAGGAAGUUACGAAAGUGUUACCUGCCAAACCUCAGUCUGGAGAUGCCAUAAAGGAAGCGAGGAAAGAACCCAAUCAACUUCGCAAAAUAAAGGAUGAUCUUGAUGUGUUACUUCAACAUUUUUCUAAAACCCAUAAAAUUUUCAUUUUCGACUUCCACUUCUCCAAACUCCUCUCUGCCCUCACUUCCUCCCUCUCCGCCCUAUCCCCCAACAAAUUCGCGAACCCGCGGCAUCCCGAACUGCUGGACGCCGUCAAGAAAGGCCUGUCGGCAUUUACCGACGAGCUCAUGAAGGGGUAUGUUAAUAGGUAUGAUGGACACCCUGAUGAAUUAAUAUGGGAAGCUGACAAAUCCAACGACAGUGAGAAAUGCGCUAAGAUAUGUGUCACGAUAAUGGAGAUGAUGAAAAAAAAUCUGUCUGAUUUGAAAAGGGAAUGUAAUAAUGGUGGAAAGUGGCAUCAGAAAUGUAUUUGCUUGUUCGAUUUAGAUGCCACAAAGAAGAAAACUGGCAACCCACUUGGAGAGUGGUUGACCAACCGUGGUUUCACUGUGCCGUCCGAGAAUGAUAAGCAGGACGGUGAGCUGCGGAACAGGAAAGAUUUCACAGGUGCAAAAAUUUACACAGAAUUGCUAGACGCGCAAAUUAAGGAGGCUUCCAAAAUUUCUGCCGUAACCCAGUGGAAAAAGGAGAUCAAAGAGAAAGCUGCGGAGAAAGACGCACCUAAGCCUGUCUCUCGUGGUUCUAUUGCUGUUAGUAUUCAAGCCCCGGAUAUUGAGAUCAACAUUAAUCUCCUCGACAUAGUGCUUUUCCUCCUCGAUCGUUUCCGAACGUAUUACCGUGUCGGUCACUACUACAUUCCUGCAAAACCCAAAGCACCGAGUAACGUGUAUUAUAUGCUUUGCUGGCUCGCUGGCCUGCGGUGGAAUCACAUGUACGACGAACUCGGUGAGUACUUCAAGGAACUUUACGACAAACCUGAGGGACAGGAAGACAAGCCGUAUAAAGAAUUCUCCGACACAGAUCUUAGCGUAGAUGCUAACUCACCAUUAAACCCUGUUGGCACCUCAGCAAUUACACCUAAGACAUUAACAGAAACGCUCGAACAGGUUUCUUUACUCUCCCGAACUGUAUCAGUCGCCAUACUAGGCCACGGCCACGCGGAAGGCGUGUAUGCCUCUGACUUUAGCUGUAACUCAGAUAAAUUAUUAUAUCCAUCAAACCUAUCCUCUUGCUUAGAUAUGUUAGUAGAUGUAAUUAAUAGAGUGUAUUAUCAAUUGCGUUUCCUAUUCAUCCAGUGCCAGAAUGGCGAUAAGCUCGGCGGAUGGGAAGACUGCUGGUACGGCCGGCAUGUUGGUGGGUCAUCAUGGAAGUGCAAUGAGUUCCAAUGUCCUAACCUAGAGUGUAACCUAAGCGCUAACCAAAGUGCCAAGCAAAUAGGCAACCAAAACACUAAGCAAACGUGUGACCAACAUCCCAAAUGCGGUAUCAAGUCACCGCUUCAGUCAUUUCUAGAGGACGGGCUCCCUGGCUUCUUGCCACAUACAUUUAAGACACCAGGUUGCAAACUUACAUGUUCAGUGUCCAACCACUUUGGAAAGCCGUGUCUUACUCCCAUGGGUUUUGCCGAUAUUAGCGUUACAGCCUCGCACACGAAAACAGGUUAUCACCUCAAGGAGGCUCUUAACCAUCUCUGUGGUAACGCAGGAAAACCGCUUAGUAAGCUGUGCUCUUUCCUAAGGUGCGUGUUGCGUAUGCCUCCACAGACGCUUGGUGGUAUGUUUGCUUUCUAUUACUGUUUCCUUAAGAACUGGAAUGACAAGGGAGUAAAGCAUAAAAAGGACGCAUUUGAGGAAGCUGUCCGAAAGGCCUAUUUCGGCCAGACAUAUUUAUUGAAUCCGACUAUUUUGUUGGACAAUGCUGUAUAUAAGCAACAUGCAACAUUCAACCAUGCCACAGCAGACAUGUCCAGUCUUACGGAUUGUGAUCCUAAGUCAGGAUCCGGCCUACCAUGCGGCAAAUAUUUGCAUCCCAUUACAUUGAGUAUUUUUACUACAUUCUCCUCAAAGCGCGCUGGCAAUUACCUUUCAUGGGUUGUGUACACUACUGAAACGUUCUUUGGGUUACUCUACGAUUUGUAUGAGUCUUGCAAAAAGUGCAGCGUGCCUGGCACCAGAUGCUGUGAUAAGAGCUGUACAAAAGGUUGUAGAGUGAAGUCCGCUUACUCAUCUGAUGGAACCGCCAAACAACUGAAUGGUCUAACGCACACUACCGACUGUCAUUCUAUUGUCAAAUGUCCCGAUAUGCAUCCGACACUACACAAGUAUGGUUUCAUAUUUGGUAGCCCGUACAAACUGAACGGUGCAAAACAUCAUGAGGCGCAGAAACGCACGUGCAAAGAUUUUUGCACGGCAUUGGAGAAUGUCAUCAGAGAAAAGAACGUUCUCCACACUUUUGCACAUGAGACCAUACCCAAGUUCCUGUGGGCCAUCCGUCUCCCCUUCUUCUACACCAUGGUCGCACUGUGGUCUAUCGCAGCUCUUCUCAUCGUCUACACUCUGCUCUGCCGCCUGGAGAUACUGCGCAUACGUUCUCACCUUAUUCGCUUCAAGGUGUCGCACCUCAUCAACGUCAAGGCGCUACUCACUCCCAGGCGGAAGAUGCUGUCACUGUACAAGGACGUCGAUUACUUCGACGACGACCCCUUAGAAGUACUGUACGUCAGAUAA